AUGCCGCCCAGUUACGACUACGAAUUUCGCGCUGGUGAUGCUUUUAUAGUCGAUCACAAAAAUGGAAAAAAGUAUAGAAGGGGGAGAUUCCUGGGAAAGGGUGGAUUUGCCACCUGUUAUGAGUUCAUCGAUUGUUCAACGAAUGCUGUUUACGCGGGGAAGACUGUUUCAAAAAGUUUAUUGAAGAAACCCAAGCAAAAAGAAAAGAUGUGCAUAGAGAUCCAACUGCAUCAAGGUCUCUCGCAUGAAAACAUCGUCGGAUUCCAUGGCUACUUCGAAGAUCAGGACAAUGUCUACCUCGUUCUCGAACUUUGCAGUAGGAAGUCCUUAGAUGACGUCAUGAGGCGCAGAGGAACUCUAACGGAACCGGAAGUGCGCUACUACAUGCGCCAGCUGGUGGAAGGCUGCCGCUACAUCCACAGCAAGCGGAUUAUCCACAGGGAUCUAAAGUUAAGCAACCUACUGCUUAACGGAAGUAUGCAGCUGAAGAUAGCCGACUUCGGCCUAGCUACACAGGUCUCGCUUCUUGACGAAAGGAAGAAAAGCAUAUGCGGUACUCCGAACUACGUAGCCCCUGAGGUGAUUCGAAGAAGGUUCUACAGUUUCGAGGUCGACGUCUGGUCUAUUGGUUGCAUAAUGUACACAAUGCUCUGUGGGGUGACGCCCUUUGAGACGGCCACCCUGAGGGCCACCUACGACCGCAUCUCGACUGCCACCUACACCCUCCCGCCUCAUCUUUCUGCCCCAGCUAGGAACCUCAUCGUCAAACUUCUGGACUUGGAUCCUACGAACAGACUUUGCAUCGACCAGGCUAGCUAUUUAGUUUUGUACGAGGAUUUUUUCACAACUGGUUUCGCGCCAACUUCACUUGCACCGUCCUGCUGCUUCACCAGACCCAAGUUUCCUGACAUCAAAACACCCUCUGUGACUAGGUUUGAUGGAAAAGUUAAUCACCACGAUCGUCACGGUCGUCACCAUCAACAACCGCACGGUUCCAAUAACAAUAACAACAACAACAACAACAACAACAACAACAAUAAUAAUAAUAAUAAUAAUAAUGAAUGUGAUAAUAAAAUGCCAAUAAAAAACAUAAAAGAUGAUGAUGAUGGUGAUGAUAAUAGCGAUGAUGAUGACGAUGAUGGUGAUGGUCAAACGAAAAUUCACAGAUGGGUCGAUUUUACGAACAAGUAUGGCUUUGGCUACCAACUCUCAGACGAAAGUACAGGGGUCCUCUUCAAUGACGCCAGCCGCAUGGUGCUGAGACUGGGUGGUGAUGAUGAUGAUGUGAUACGAAAUUCGAAAAAGAACUCUUCAAAAACAUCAUCAUCAUCAGCACCGCCACCGUUCCCACCAUCAUUAUCACAACGAUCCUCCUCCUCCUCAUCAUCAUCAUCACCCUUACUACAAUCAUCAUCAUCAUCCUUACAACAAUCAUCAUCAUCGUCACCGGGAGCAGUUUUCAUCUCAAAGUGGUAUAGAAGCGAAGAUGGCAUAAUAAUGCAACUUUCCAACGGAACAUUCCAGGUUAACUUUGCUUGUGACCACACAAAGAUCAUCAUCAGCAGUCUUGUCGAUCAGCUGAUUGUCACGUGCUUGCCUAGUGAUGUCAUCGUUGACGAGAACAACCGAAAUGUUGAUAACAACAAACAAAAUGUUGAUGGCAACAACCAAAACAAAAAGAAUAUUACCACGGCCAGUUACAAGACUGGUGACAAUAUAAUUUCACCAAAAACGAGGAAAAAUGGAGAAAUUAGAUCGGUAUCAAAAAGUUUCAGCAAGGGUUCCAAAAUGAAAAACCAUUCCGUGAAAAUGACAAAGGAAGUGAGACAUUACGAUCUGUCCGACCUCUGUGAAAGAGGUUGCAGUAGAUCAAUGGCGGGAAAAUUGAAAAUAAUCAGAAAAAAUUUGAACAAACUCAUCAACUUUUGA